AUGUUGGCAAUCCAGAGAGGGUCGGUGCUUAUAUACCCUUGGCAACCCUCAGCUCAUGCAGCUGCAACCCAAGUCGGAAUCAUCAGUUUCGUUUCGAUUCUUACCCAAACAACUCAACAAUGGCACCGAAAAACCAGCGGAAAGGCCGCCAAGAAGUCCGGCAAGGCCCAGAAGAACAUCGCCAAGGGAGACAAGAAGAAGAGGAAGGUCCGCAGGAAGGAAUCCUAUGCUAUCUACAUCUUCAAAGUGUUGAAGCAAGUCCACCCUGAUACCGGAAUCUCGUCCAAGGCCAUGAGCAUCAUGAACAGCUUCGUCAACGAUAUCUUCGAACGUAUCGCUGCUGAAUCCUCUCGGCUGGCUCACUACAACAAGCGCUCGACCAUCACAUCCCGCGAAAUCCAGACUGCCGUCCGUCUGCUGCUUCCGGGAGAGUUGGCCAAGCACGCCGUCUCUGAAGGAACCAAGGCUGUCACCAAGUACACCAGCUCCAAGUAAAUUGGCUUUACCGUGAAUGAUUUCCAAACGGCCCUUUUCAGGGCCACUACAUAGUUUGUCAAGAGUCACGUCUCUUUUUGUC